CGUCCCGUUGCCCACCCCUAUGCCACACUCCCUCUCCGUCAACUCCUCCCUCCGCUUCCUCAUCGCCUCAGCUUUCCGGAGCUUGUUUAAGCCGCCGUUAGCUACUUCUCCGGCCGCUGGUCACUAUUGCCGGCGAUAGCUGAAACAGGAAAAGAAUAAAAAAGAGAGCAAGACAGAGAGAAUAGGAGAGAGAUUAAAAGAAAGUAGCCUCUAACUUCUCUUCAGCUCUCAGUUUAUUUCUCUUGUUUCUUUCGGCUGCUUUCUCGAUUCUACCUCUCUGCCGUCGUUUGGUAUCUAGUCUGUGAAGUUUACAAGAAGUUUCCACCUGUGAUCGAUCAGCAGCCGUCCGAUUGCUCCAUUCUCUACCACGAAUCGGCGAUCGAUUAUGUAAAUUUCCUGCUCGCUUAGUACGGUAAGCUAAUUUGAGCUGAAUUAGCUUCGAAAUUGAGCUGAGUAGGGACAACAAGAAGUGCGUCCCUGAAGCUGAUUGUGAGCAUGUUGGAUCUUAAUCUGAAUGUGGAAUUGGCCGAGUCGACUCACUACUCCGACUCGGCUUCUUUCAUGGAGGAGGACAAGUAUCAGUGCCAUCGCCAGCUUCCGGAGGCAUCGGAGACGUCUAACUCAUCGGUAGUCAACACCGAUGCGUCGAGCAACGAUGACUCGUGCUCCACACGCGCCUACACCGGCGACGCUGCUAACAACAACAACAACAAACUCAUGAAUGGCACCGCCACCAUCAUCUGCCCCUUCAACUUCGAUAUUCUGAAAGUUUGUGGCGGUGGCGGAAACGAGAAUGACGAAGACGGCAUCGUUGUCACCAAGGACUUCUUCCCCGUUAAGCAAAACUCUGCGGGACGGUACGGGUCCCCGGCACGGGCGAAUUGGAUUGAUCUGACGUUCGAGAGGCAGCAGGAGAUCGCCAGUGGCGGACCGGUGCGGGUGAUUCAGCAAGCCGCACAGCAGCAGGCGAAGAAGAGAAGGAGGGGUCCCAGGUCUCGGAGCUCGCAGUACAGGGGAGUUACCUUCUACAGACGGACUGGCAGAUGGGAAUCUCACAUCUGGGACUGCGGGAAACAGGUGUAUCUGGGUGGAUUUGACACGGCUCAUGCUGCUGCAAGGGUCUAUGAUCGAGCUGCAAUUAAGUUCAGGGGAGUUGAUGCUGAUAUCAACUUCAGCCUUGGCGAUUAUGAGGAAGACAUGAAUCAGAUGAAGAAUCUGACCAAGGAAGAAUCUGUGCACAUACUACGCCGACAAAGCACAGGUUUCUCUCGUGGGAGUUCGAAAUUUCGAGGAGUGACAUUGCACAAAUGUGGCCGGUGGGAAGCUAGAAUGGGACAGUUCCUCGGCAAAAAGUAUAUAUAUCUUGGGCUGUUCGACAGCGAGGUAGAAGCUGCAAGGGCUUAUGACAAGGCAGCCAUCAAGUGUAAUGGAAGGGAGGCUGUGACCAACUUCGAGCCUUGUACAUAUGAAGGGGAGAUGCCUUCUUCUGAGGCUAGUUCUGAAGGAACUGGCCACAACCUUGACCUUAACUUGGGAAUAUCCCCUCCUUUUGCCUUUGCUUCCAAGGAAAAUGCGGGCCACCUGCCAUUCCACUCAAGACCUCAAGAUCGUGACAAGAGUUCAAUGGUAGAGAACCCAAUGGGUAAAAUGGUUGGUGAUCCACUUUUCAAAGGGUUUGUGAGGACAUCAUCAGAUCACUCAGUACCCUUGAAAGGUGCAUAUGCCACUUUCUUCCUUGCCGAGGAAAAAGCCACCACAGAGAAGACGAUAGAACAUCAAUAUCAACAAGCUUCUUCUCAUGGGCUCCCCCACAGCUGGGCGUGGCAAAUGCAUGGGCAACAGGUCGCAGCUACUACCCCAAUGGCAUUGUUCUCUACGACCACUGCAGCAUCAUCAGGAUUCUCAACUUCAGCUACCCUUCUUCGUCAUCCCUCGAAACCUUUCAACCACAACACAGCGGCAGCAGCAGCAGCAGCCCACGGCUUUGAUUUCGUACCAUCUCCAGUGGUCAUGGCUGCCAACGACUCUACGUUCUUCUACUCGAUGAAGCCUCCCCAGGCUCCCUCCCUAUAAAACCAAACCACACCAGGCUCUUAUUCUUCUUCACUGUGAAGCACCAGUAAGCAAAGAAGAAAAAGGCACAUGUUCUCCGAGUUGAUGCACUUUCCAGACUAUGCAUUUUAUACUGAUAUUCUUCUAGUUGAAUUACUGCGACUCUCUGCAAUGCUUGGAGCCCAGCCUCUUGUUUGGCUGAUCAGUUCCCCUCAGAAGUCAGAAUUAUGGUAUAGCUGUUGGAGUUGGUAGUUGAUAUUUGAAUGUAAACUGAGCAUACAUAACUGUAGCCAUACAUCAAUUCGCUCUGACUCACUCUAAAUCUUAUUUUGAAGUAAUCGGUGUGGGGCUGGUCUCUUCCUGUUGAAAUGAGUACUUUAAAAAAAAAAAAUUAAGAUA